CACAAAUCUCAGCUCAGUUCAUGGCACCAUCUGGACCACGCUCUAAUUGGUAGCGACAUGUCUCCAUGAGCCUAUCGUCCAGUCCAGAUUUUCCGAGCUCGUUUGAUCCUGCCGUUUACUUGCAUUCUCAACUCUCGGACGACGCGUACGCGACAGCGGCUCUAUCCGCAGAUUUACUCGAACUGAAUCGCCACAUCGAAGACGUUCGGCAGCAAAAGACGAGGGAGAGAGUUGUUGUACAUCAUCGGGCUUGGAACGUGGCAGACGUCUUUCGUAGCGAGGAGGAUUACCCCAUUGUCACGCCCAGCAAAAGCUUUGGCAAUCAUCCCACUCUGCCAUCAUCAUCACCACCACCACCACCACCAACACCACCAAUCAUGACAGUGGCCGCUGCAUCUUCGCCUAUCGUGUACCCAGCUACUUCGUCUCCACCAAGCCUCGACUCACCAAGUAAGAGGAGGAAAUUUAGCGACGACAGAAAUCCGUUGAAAGAAGUGAAUACCAACGUUCUUCGAGGAGGAUUUAUUGACGAUGAUUUCGACGAAGAUGACGACACAGAUUUGGGCCCUGUCCACAAGAAACCACGCCUGUCACCACCAGCGAGUGCACCGCAGCAGCCAGAGCCAGGCACUGUGAUUUGCGUGGAUAGCCUAUUCAACGAGAAACAACUAGCUCAAACCUAUCAGUCUGACUUUGCGUAUGCUUUUGAUACCGCUGAGCAGGACUCGCAAGUAAGUGCUGAAUCUGGCCUUGGGCUCUGUAACCAGGCUGGACACAGGACCUUGCUCAAGAUACAGACAUGCUCAGGACGAGGCAUUUAUGUAGGAGAGCGAAGGAAGAAGGCUAGUCAGACGUACGAGCAGCUUGUUGCCGCCCGUUCAGAACAUAUCGAGGGUCAUGCGAGACGCAGCUUCUAUGGUGUGGAUAUCCAUCGGCUGUUAAAUGACAUUUCACAGCAAGCCAAGGUAAAGACGGCGACCUCAGGGGAAACUACUAAUGUUCUACCAAGCGUUGAACAAGAUCAAGAACCUGGUGUAUCGCGCAAGAAACAGAGGACUCUGUUGUGGACCGAAAAGUAUAGGGCACGGAAAUUCACCGAUCUUGUAGGAGAUGAACGAACCCAUCGCUCGGUCUUACGGUGGCUGAAGGCAUGGGAUAGCAUCGUCUUUCCUGGCUCUAGCAAGAAGAAGCAUUUGCUCUCUAGGAAACACAACGAGCAAAAUGACGAACGUCCGCACAAGAAAGUGCUUCUCUUAAGCGGCCCUCCUGGCCUUGGUAAGACAACUCUUGCCCACGUUUGUGCUAAACAAGCUGGAUACGAGGUGCAAGAAAUCAGCGCCAGCGAUGAGCGAAGCAAGGAUGUCGUAAAGGGGCGCAUCCGAGAUAUGGUUGGCACAGAGAAUGUCCGUGGUCAGCACCUCGAAACUGAAAGAGGUAAAACGAGGAAAGCUGGCCGUCCCGUUUGUGUUAUUGUCGACGAAGUUGAUGGCGUUGUUGGCGGUAAUAGUGGUGGUGCCGGCGAAGGCGGAUUCAUCAAGGCUCUUAUCGAUCUUAUUGCCUUGGACGAACGAAAUUCGAGGUUGAACGCUACGCAAAAUGACCCUAGCAGACCUAAGAAGCAGAAGAAGGGCCAACAAUUUCGGAUGCUACGACCUCUCAUUCUGAUUUGCAACGAUAUCUAUCACCCUUCCCUUCGGCCACUUCGUCAAAGCUCGGUGGCCGAGAUAGUGCAUAUGAGGAAACCGAAUUUGAAUAUGGUCAUUUCGAGGGUACACAGUAUCUUUGAGAAGGAAGGCAUUCCCAGUGACAUUGACGGCGUACGCCGUCUUUGCGAAGCUACAUGGGGGAUGAGCUCGAACAAAGAGGUAGGCAAUGAAGCAGGAACUAGUGAAGGAGACAUCAGAAGUGUCCUGGUUGUCAGCGAAUGGGUUGCUACGAAGUUGCGGGCUUCUAGUUCCUCGCAGACUGGACCAUGUCCGAGAUUAACAAGAAAGUGGAUUGAAAGCAAUAUACUUGGUGAAUUGAGUCAUGGCGGAGGCUCCGCACGUUCACUUGGUCGAGGCAGUGUCAAAGAAGUUGUUGAUCGUGUCUUUCAAGAAGGAGCAGGUUUUCCGAGGACGAGUCCCAUCACAGCGAAUGCAGUCCAACCUCCUGGAGAUGGAGAAAGAGUGGUCGGCGUUGCGGAAGGAUCAAAGAGACAAACAAUGGAACGCCUGCGGGAGAUGAUUGAUACGAGUGGAGAGACGGAUCGCAUUCUGAUGGAUUGUUUCACGACCUACCCCACGCGACCGAUCCAAGACGAUACAUUUCUGAGCAAGCCAAACAACGCGUACGACUGGCUCUAUUUCCAUGACCUUCUGUCUUCGCAGAUCACAGGAUCGCAGGAGUGGGAGCUUGCGCCUUAUAUGUCUACGUCCAUCCUCGCAUUCCACGACCUGUUUGCGAGUUCCCAUGCUGCCGUUCACAGGUACGGCAAUAGAACCAAGGAGGAUGAGGAUGAGGUAGAAAACAUGCCGUUCUCAGGACCAGCAGCGCCAUACACUGCUGCGGAGUCCAUGAAAGCCAAUACCGCCUCGAUCACGUCCCUACAGGGCUCACUAUCGAUACCUUUGGCAAGGAUGUAUCGCUCUCAUGCCGACAUCGCUACAGAACUCCUCCCAUACACUCUUCGCAUGCUUGCGCCCGACAUCAAGCCUGUGGUCAUCAAUUCCCAUGCCGCCGGAGCCAAGUCAGCGCCUACAGCGUCUGUACGAAAGGCGUCUGAAAGAGCGCUGGUCGCCCGCGCGGUGGAAUGUAUGGCCGCCACGGGCGUGCGCUUUGAAAAGUCCCGCGUGGAGACGGAGAGCGCGUCCAACAAAGGCGCAUCCGGCGGUUGGGUAUACCGAAUGGAACCGCCUCUGGAUUCGCUGGGCACGUUCGAGACCUUGAAAGGCCAAGACAGAGGCGUCAGAUACGCGGUCCGACAAGUUCUGGAGCUGGAGUGGCGGAAGCAGGAGCUGAAAAAGGGCGAGGAGACACGGCUUAAGAAGAUGGCUGGACACGAAGUCGGAGUUGGCACCGACGCAAAGCAGCUCGACCUGCGAAGGGCCGCGGUGAAGAAAGACUUCUUUGGGCGAGUGGUUAGAGAGACGGCUGGGACUACUGAAUCAUUAGACGACUCGGGUGGUGGGUCACGGACUCAAGACCUGGCCGUGAACAGCACAACCAAAAAUCGCGUCUGGGUUAGCUACCACGAAGGGUUCAGCAAUGCCGUCAGGAAGCCGAUAACUUUGAAGGAGUUGAUGGAGGGGCUGUGACGCUUGUGAAAGGAGAGACUUUUUUUUAGGGAGGCUUGGAUUACAGUCUCCACCAAAGGGCUAUACUCCGAGUUCAUGCUUACAUACAGGUUAUAGAUAACGCUUUGACUCCACAGACUAGCCCGGCAGAGAAUCCAAGCUUAUGAAUUGCGCUAAUGCGAUUUAACCGCUCAGCCGCCGCCCCCAACUGCUUGGGUCCGGUUCUACCUCGUGUAUUCCUUCUGCAGCAGCUUCGCGAUGGUCGUCAAUUGGAUGUUGCUCGUUCCUUCGUAGAUAACACCAAUCUUGCUAUCUCUGAAGUACUUCUCGGCCAAACCUUCCCUGACGAAACCCAUGCCACCCAUCCAUUCGACGGCCAGACUGGAUACCUUUCCAGCGACUUGGCUGGCGUAGAGCUUAGCCAUCGCGGCGUCCUUGACAAAUUCCUCGCCUGCCUCCUUCUUGCGCGAAGCAUUGUACACCAAGGCUCUGGCUGCCGCAAUCUCCGUGUACGCUUGAGCCAUCUGGUGCUGCAUACCCUGGAAUUCACCGAUCAGCUGGCCAAAUUGCUUGCGAUCAUUCCAGCAGUAUCUAAAGCAAACAAGUCGUUAGCGUAAAGGGUCUGACGAUCGAUGCUAAGCGUGUAAAAGUCCGGGGGAUGUCAGGCUUGAUUUAGCUCGCUUCCGAUGUCCAAACUCGUGAACUAGAGGCGUUAAUGCGCGCCACAGCCACGAGUCAGAACAAAACUUUAGACGCACAGCUCGAACGCUAUCGGCUGUCUUGGACGGCGGAGUGGGUGCUGCUGCUGACCCCUCUUCAAUGGAUGGCUAGAAAUGGAGCACGACAGAGCCAUAACAGGUUUGACAAGGAGGAGCUAAAACUUACCGCGCAGCGUUUUCCCACGCGCCUAGAGCGAGGCCAGUCAUUUGUGCAGCGAUUCCAAUGCG